AUGGUGUACAUUUCUGGCGACCCUCACACGCCGCCGUCCACGCAAAAGCUGGUCCGCGAGGAAGGCGUUGUAUCACCGUUGGAACUUCUCUCCUCGAAGCUCUUACAGACGCUCUCCCAUCUCUCCCAUGUAUACCACCAGAUUGGCUACGACAAAAACUCAAUCCGGUUGCAUCAGGAAAACAUCUUCAAAGACCUCCAUCUCAUGCUCAAAACACACAUCGACGAAUCGGAGCGUGAGAAGGUUACAUUGCAGGGCGAAUGCAAGUGGUUGAAAGAGCAGAUCAAGAUCCUCCUCAUAAUCUGCGACGAUAAACGGGGAGACAAGACCUUGAACCAGAAUGAGCAGACCAACGUAUUCAAGGUUGACUGUAUGGCACUCGCCGAGUACAAGCACAUCACGUUAUUAGAACUCAAGAUCCAGCUCAACAAGUGCUACUUUAAGGUAUUGCUACAGUUCAACGAGUUAUACCUCAAUCUCUCCAACCUUAACAUCACAGCCAAACGUCUUUUGGCCCAAAUCCAUGACCCGAGCUACCAGUUCCACCAUAGGGAGCUAAUGGGCAACAUGCCAAGCAUGGAAGAGUCUCAAAAGUUUCUACAGUUAUAUACAUCCUUCAAAGAGCUGUAUUAUGCGCUAUUCGAUACCGGGGAAGACUUGAUGGACCAAACCUGCGACCAGUCAGAGAUUUUCAACCAAAUCAAUUCCAUAUCCACCUCUCCACGCCGAACCCUUACCCAGAAGCGAUGCUCGGUCAACUAUUCAAACAGCUCCUUGUUUCAGCUUGAGUCGACGGACCACCCCAAAACCAACCUGUGUCAGUCAUCUCCUGAUCACCCAACGAUAGCACGGUUAUUGGAUCAAAGUACAGAUCAUCCCAUGGUAUCCGGCUUGUUCCAGUGUGAAAAUCCCAACACUGCUUCUGACCAAAUUGUCAUGGCGCUACAGAAGCUGAACUUUGAAUUGAUCAAGCUUGUCAAGUCUGCCAACAUCAUCCGCCUUUCACAGGAAAAUAUCCAGACGCUAGAACAGGAGGUGAAACUCUUGAAGCACACGUUGGAAUCCCGCAGCCAGAAGCUAUUGGGAAGCCUCGAUACCAUCUCUGAAAUAACCAGCGCCAUGGAGUUGUCCCCAUCAGAUUUGCAGUCGCUUCUGCAGUCGCUUCUGAAUGGCGAAACGCUUCCCGAGAUUUCCUGUAUGCGCUCCCUGCCCGUUGAACACCUCCGCUUUACUCCUCUCUUGGAAGAGCUCGUUGGUGUCCUAAACACACGGAAGAACAUAAUUCAGAAGGAGAAGCACGACCUUCUUUCCCAAAUCCAUCCGCUCUGGCAGAAACUCAAACAGGACCAGUCGUACAUUCAAGGAUUUCUCGAACGGAACACGAGGGCGAACGAAAGCACCGUGAAAACCCUUCGAAACGAGCUAGAUCGCUUGGUGGCUUUGAGAGCCCAGUACAUGAAGGAGUUUAUCGAAGACGUGAGGGUGAAAAUUGAGACGACAUGGGGUUUACUCAGCUACUCUCCGGAGGAAAAGGCGGAGUGGGAAUAUCACAACAAGAGUUUUGAGUGCACCGAGGGGGUUUUGGAGACGUUUGAGAAAUAUCUGCAGUCGUUGGAGCACCAAUAUCAGAAAUUGAAGCCACUCCUCCUCCUUAUCAAACAGUUUGAAGACUUGAUGAAUGAAAAAUACCAGUUGGAGGAGUCGUCAAAGGAUUCCUCCAGACUCCUUUCGAAAGGAUCUUCUACCAUUCUUUUGACUGAAGAGAGAACUAGAAAGAAGGUGGCCCGAAACUUGCCUAGAUUAAUAGCUUCGUUAAAAGAGAAGUUAUGCAACUACAAAGAAGAGACUGGGAAGGAUUUUGCGCACGAUGGCACCAGCUAUCUCAAUACGGUUUUAGAAAACACCCCCCAGACCAGACAGAUGGCCUCCCGCUCCCUCAAUAUCACUACCCCUAGACCCUCCUCUGCCAAUAGACCAAUGUGGGGGUCGUCCCACACUGCCCCUUUGUCGACUAUCAAAAAGCCGGUCUUCCAAACCACCUCCGCAAUCAGAAAGCCUCCAACCAACUCUGGCCCUCGAAUCAACCUCUCGGCGGUGCGUCAAGCAUUCCAGCCCUCAAUGAGAAAGCCGUUGACUAAGAUGUCUAUGAAUUCACCAUCUGUAUCGCCUAUUCGUCGAGGCACGGGCGAAAAGAACCGAAUAACAAGCAUGUUGCCUUCUAUCAAGGUAACGAGAAGGCUUGAGAAGGAGAAUAUCGACACUGGCUAUAAAAAUACCCUUCAUAACAUUGGUGAAGUGGCAAAGAACAAGAUGGUGCUACAGCCGUGUCCGCCACCCGCUAUAGCUAAGAGAUCUCAGCUUCCUGUUUCUGAUAAAGACGAUUCGCCGUUUAUUGAUCGCCAGAGUAAUUUGAACUUGUAUGACAGCACGUACAAGAGUAACGGGAACAAGAUCCAGACCUCCAUCAAUAAUUUGGCCGAUGAAAGUGUGAUGAGUUCAGAUAUCGGAGAGGCUGACUAUGAAACGUGGAAGAAUGAGAAAUUGAACAACUUCACGGAUGAGCUCAGCCCGGGGUGCCACUUCGACUCGGCUCUAAUCCAUCAGGAUGUGAUAUGA